UCUAUUAUGACAAGACCUAUUGUUAUCAAUUAUGAAGGUUCAGAUAUGGACGUGUCUUCUGACGAUGAACUUCAAUUGCCUCAUGAAAACAUGGUUCAACAAUUAAGACACCACAUUCAACAACAAGAACGACAUCAAACACCUAUUCAACCCCAUGUAGAAACGUUCUUACCACGAAAACCUAUUGCGAUUGAUGACUCAGACACGGAAUCUGUCGAUUCAUUCAAGACCGCACCAGACACGCUACCUGAUGAACCCAUAGAAGUAAUGACUCAUGACUUGGAACGCCAGUUAAGAGAUCUAGAAGAACAACUACGCAAGAAACGCAUAGAAGGAGACUUUCUUCAAAAGCAACUCCAGGACAAAAAAGCAGAGAGAGAAGCCCUUCGGAUUAAGCGACUCGAGAAAAGUGUACGCAACUCAAUUCGACUGAGAAAAAAGCAACCUCUCAAGAGUAUCUUGGUCACUGACACAAAGAAGAAAAAGGGUAAAGAAAAAGAUAUGGGCCAUAGUUUAUUGGCACUUGCUCAGACUGAGAAGCCAUUAUCUCGUUCUUAUCAAAAACAAUAUGCCAACUUUGACCCUCAAAAUUUAACAAGUGAUGUCUUGAUCAAGGAUGAAAUCAAACGACGCGAACGUAUUAAAAAAGACGAACAAUCAUCUGAACAAAAUCCAACAGAACAAAAUAAAGAACUUACUGAACACAAGCCAGUGAAGCAAGAAGAAAAAAACCAUAAAGAAAAAUCGACCAAGAAACAAAAAGUCAUGCCAGCUAUCAAACAGAGUGAAGUUAGAAAGAAAAUCUUGGAAUCAUUUCAAUUAAGCAAAAUCACACCAAGACAAAUGAAAAUUCAAUUGUGUGAUUUAUGGGAAUAUGCAAAAAAUCAUAAGCUAUCAUUGUUCCAGGAAGUCAAUGCACGAGAAUUGCGCAAAAAGCUUAUACGUCGCCUGGACCAAGAUGAGAACAUGCCUGCCAUCGUUCAACUCAAAAAGGGACGCAAGUAUACUCCCACUAAACAUUUGCUCUUAGGCCCUGAAUAUUAUGGUCAUCCAGAUAUGUUGGACUACGACACAUUUGAUUUAACACAAUACGAUAUUUACCGUGUGAUUGAGGACUUUGCUUACUUGUCACCCAAAUCCAAGCAAAGCACAAAAUCUCUUGAAGAAGAAGAACCCAAAGAGAGCACAACUCAAGAUAACAAGCGAGCGAGGCCAGAAGAAACACAAGACCUCAAGAAGCCUAAAUUGAUUGCAACACCACCACCUCCAAAAAAGCAGAAAAAGAAACAAAAAACAAAAGGAUCGUCUUUUGCCCCAUUGUAUGCACCUGCACCACCUAUACACCAACCCUUUGUUCCGCCCUUUAUAUUACCCAUGGAUGGCUCAUUUAAUCAAGGUUUCUUGCCCCAAUCAACCGAGAGACCCUAUGUACCAGCCGUGCUUCCUAAUCGAUUACCUUUACGAUCUCAAACUAUUUCACCUGCUAUUAUUUCUCAACAAGUGCCUCCUCAGCAAGUGCCUUCUCAACAGGUGCCUCCUCAACAGGUGCCUCCCCAACGGGUGCCUCCUCAGCAAAUAUCUUCACCUUUUCCAAUGGCAGAGUCAUCAAACAAGAAACAAGAACCCAAAAAGCAUGAAUCUAAGCAUGACAUGAAAAAGAAAUAUGAACCCAGGUAUUAUAUGAAAAAGAAACAAAUAUCACCUGAGCGUAUGAUUCAAAUCAUUGAUUCUGUUGAAGAACAAGACCCUGUGAACAAAUCAAACAGGCAAACAUCUGUAAACCAUUCGAAUGACCAAACACCUGCAAAAGAAUCUACUUCUAAACCAUCAUUUACACCCUAUCAAUCUGUUGUAAGUGCCUUGGGCGUCUCUAGCAUCGUACGUGAAUUAGCACAGUCCAAGGAGAAUCUAUUGAAAGAGGCAACGAAACCCAUACCCAAUCAUGUUGAUACACAACCAGCACCUUCUCAGCCAGCUAAGCGAACUGAAUUAUGCAAUGCUGAAAGUGCAGGUGGUGUUUGUCGUGUUCGUAACUGUCCUUUUGUUCAUUUUAGUGACUUUCAAUCAUAAUAAAAAUAGAUAGCAUGAAUUCUAUAAUUAUGAAAAUGACCAUUUCAGAAUUGUCAACAUAAUGCGACAUUUCUUAAAAGGGUUAUUAUUAUUGGCCCAUCUCAUCUAUAAAAAAAUACAGGCUAUAAUUUGAUGUGAUUUUUGUACCACAACCUUUC